AUGGCGCUUACAUCCGCCGUGUCAGACCUCUUCAAGUCCAUCUACGAGCUCCUGGCCUCGGUCCUUUCCGCCAUCUACGCCGUCGUCCAUGCGGCGUUCAGCACCGUACGGGGCGUCAUUGCCGGCAUCUUGAGCCUGGUCCAGAGCACCGUCCACGAGGCCCUUCAUUUGACGGGCGGCGUGGGCAAGUUUGUCGCGAGCAACUUUGCCGCGCUUGUCGUCGGCGGCUUACUCGUGUUUGCCUACCUGCGCUUCUCGGCCACGCCCUCUUCCCGGGCCGGGUCUGUCGCGCAGAAGAAGAAGACUCAGUAA